CAGUCGUCACCGUUGUUAUUAUUUGUCGGCGCUGAUCUCUAGUAACUACUUUUCGGAACAAUUUAGUACUAUUUGUAAAUAUACAAAGUCGACAUCAUAUAAAUUUCUUCAAAUAAUUUAAUAGUAAUAUAUAUUAUUUUAAUAUUAUGAAUAAAUUAAGUUUCCACAGCGAUCCUCAUGAUCCAGAAUGGAAAGUAACAAAAUUGAAAACUGAACCGGGAACCGUUAAAGAUCAUCACAAUACUUCAUCGAGUAAGGUGAAGUAUUCGCAAAAGUUUUGUGAGAAAUGGUUGAGCAUAUUCUCGCCAUGGCUGUCACGUUGCGAAGACGACCCAAAUAAACCAUUUUGUCGAGCAUGUCAAUGUCGACUGGACUGCAAUAGAUGUCAUUUACAGAGACAUGAAAGGACCAGUAAACAUGCACGUAAUCUGGAAAUAUUAGUGAAUAAGGGUGAAGGGGCAGCGCGUCAAAACCUUAGUAUACGUCAAGAGCGCAGUAAGUACUACCAACAGCGCAAAAAGAUCUGUUCAUCGGUUGGCUCGCAGGAAGAUUCUGAAAUGGGAAUGGAGGAUUAUAUUGAUGAGGCGGAUCAGGGGACGGAAUAUGGAUUUGAGCAAACGGACACAAACUCAGAGGAUCAGUAUACUCAUGAAGAGAGCAUUUGCAAACAGGAAGCAAUAACUGUAGAUGAAAUGAAUCAUCAUAUGAUCGUGGCACGUUCAGCAACGAAAAAUAAUGUUGGCCGCCCACGUAAAGUUAUCAAAACAGUUGAAAAUAGUAGUGUCCAUGGCGUAGAGGAAGUUGUAGAUAGAAAAGAUCCUAUGAAACGUUUGAUGCAAAUUCAAAGGGACAAGAGUGAAUUAAUGGAUUCGUUCAAAGAACUAAUGGGUAGUUCUGCGCCGCAUCUCUCUCCUCCCAGGGAAAAAAAUCACGUUGAUUUAUUUUUUGAGAGCGUAAGUUCCAGUGUAAAGGCUCUUUCGCCAAAAUUAAUUGCUGAAACAAAGAUGAGAGUGUCCCAAUUGAUAUGUGAAUUGGAGCUGCGAGCUCUAACGGAGAAUGAGCAGGCUAAUAAUGCCCAAAAUCCUAGUUCAACUGUUGUUGUUUCACAAGAGAGCAGUGGUGGAAGUUAUAUUAUAAACCAACCAGUCACACAUGUCUCUUCAAAUCAUCAGUCCGAUACCCACCAACAAGUUAAUGAAGCUCAUCAUUAUGAAGCCUUAAGUUAAAAGAUUUCUCAUUAUUAUUUUAAAUCGUAUUGGUUAAUUCGAUAUAUAUAUGUCUUAAUAUUAAAUUCUUUAAACAUUUGCAUCAUAAAAACAAGAUUAUGAUAUAUAUUACCAAAAUAUAAUUUUUUAACUUUAAUUUAAAAGAAAGAAUUAGACUUUCAACUUUUUCGUAGAUUUCCGGUCAGUUUUGAACAUACAAUCUAUAUCUUCUUGCUCAAAAAAUACAUAAAUUAUGCGCAUUGUAUUUGUAAAUCCUCCACCAUCUUUCCAAGGCGAAAGUAUCACAACUGAAUCGCCACCUUUUAUAAUAUUCAUACGAUUAGCAACGUACAUGCAAAAUUGAACUCUGGCAUCUACUUCAUUCAACCAACUUUUUUGGGCAAUUUCUAUAAAAAUAUAUACUUGUAUUAAGUGUAGUUAUAGAUGGUAAAUUUGGAUUACGAUUGGUAAUUAAUUAAAUUUUUUUAAGUAGUUUUAUGGACUAGAAGAAAUUUUCUGUUCUUAGUAAUAGUUAUGGGUUACAAAGAAUAAAACAAAUAAAUCUAAUAUAAUUUUAAAUUACUAAUAUUAAUGAUCUUUACUGAACAGUUAGGUAAAACAUAUGAAUACAUAAUAACAUAAACUUCGUAGCCUGAUUUGCGAAAAGGCCUUACAACCACUGCAUUAAAAUACAUGCUCUCUAUUUUUAAAAACGAAAUUAAAUUCCAAAGGGCGUAACAACAAAUUAAUAAUUUUCACAAGUUAAAAAAAUCCUAAAAAGCAACAUAAUGGAUUAUAUCUGGCGGUACAGUUGUAUUCAAACGUGUCUGUCGAUGUUAAGAUACAAUACUUGUAAGAACAGUAGCUUUCAUUUUAUUAUUUUUUUUUUGUCUCUACUUUAAAAUUUUUAAAAGUGUUGUUACGCUCUUUAGAAUUUUAGGUGAUGACGUGCACAUAUUUGUGUUAAUAAUAAUUUAAUAAAAAUAUCUUUUAAAUAGUUCUUAUGUA